AGACACAUCAGUAAAACAAUUUGCUACACAUAAAUAGUACUACAAAAAUAAAUCCGCAAUAAACAACGGCAAACAACAUACAUAAAUCGAUACAGACCACAUACAAAAACUAAAGAAAUGCACAACAUGUUGAGUGAAAAUACAAAGCUGCAAGGCUAGUGCUUCAGUUAAUACACACAAAUUAACGCAACAUAGAGUGCAAUAAUCUCCUCUUGUCGAUACUACCAACGAUGGUAACUUGCAGCAUGGUGGACACUGUGCCCAUUUCGAAAAUGAAUACCGCGCAUGCUCGAAAGCCACUAAGCAGCAAUUCUUCCGGUUUCCGGCUUUUGGACGCCGAUCACUUGGAAACAGCCUCAAGCGUCAGCAAAAAUUCUGUUUACAAAUUAAAAAUUGACCUGAUGUUCGAUGACACCAGAUCUCUACGCAGCAAUCGACUUGAUGACACCAGAGGAUCACAUCGAACUCGUUCCAUAAUCAUGUAUGGACGAAGUGAGUUGGCAAGCACAGGGCAGAGUGCUCGAUCCAUUACAAGUUUGCUGCAGGAAUCUACCGAGUCGACGAAAAACCUUGCAACUUCCACUAAAAAAGAUGUGCAACGUAUGAGUAAUAGUGUUCAGGAACAAAUCGAGCAGCUUUUUACUGAUGUGGCUAAAGAUGCCACCAGCAGCUUUACAGUUAUAUACUUGGGCUCAUUACCGCUAAAAGAUAAAGUAACUAGCCUUCAAGGGCUUCAGCCACCUCUUCGUGAACUUUAUUUAAAGGAGUUGAAUACUAAGAAAAAGUGCUUUGGUUUUCUGGAAAUCUGUACAACUGGAUUGCGAGUUAAAAUUAAUGCUAAUUAUAACACCAACACUCAAAGUGAAGAGAAUAUCACUCCAUUUCACAACAUAGCAGUUUGGUCCGCAGUGAAAUUCGUUGUCUCAGAUAGUGAUGGCGGUGCUGCUUUUUUACCGUUGAUUACAGAUCCGGACAAUAUUGACAAAACGUCCUUAUUUCGUCCAUUGGAUGGCAAUGAAAAAAAUCAUGUUCCAAAUAAUGGGCAUUCUCCAAUUUUUGCAGUCGUUAUGCGGGCCCCCGGUUUGCCAAAGGUUCUAAAAUGCCAUGCAUUCAUUUGUAAAAGUACCGAAGAUGCAAUUGUUAUCGCUGCCACAUUGUACCAGAGCUUAAUGGCCCACGUAAAUUCUAGUUCGCAUCGAAGCACUAAACGACGUACACCACGUAAUCAAAACGGCGUUAGUUGUAUAAGUAUUGCUAGUAGUUCGGCUCGAACGGGGUCAAAUUAUUUAUCACAAUCCCAAGCCUUAUCUAAUGGUCGGAAAAGUUCCCUGCGUAGUUCUAGUGAAAGCAUGGGCGCCGCAGAAAUUGCUACACCUCCUAGAUCUGGGCGGAAAAAGCGUGGUUCCAACAGCUUUCUUACUUCUAGCAAUAAUGUUAUUAACGAGACGGAAACUACAACUGAAGAACGAAGACGUAAAUCUCAAAAAAGUAAACGUGCCCCUCCGGUUCCUAACAGUUUACACUCUAAUAACUCUGUACGUAACAUAGGUAAUCAAGCUGGCAUUGCUCUCAAAGACGCAUUUUGUGAUGGUUGUGGAGGUAAUAAUAUUAGUAACUUUUUUUUACUUGUAAAUUCGAUAGCGAGUGCUUACUAUUCCGAAAUUUUAGGUGGCGGCUUCUUAUCGGUUGCGGAUUCAUUGGGUAGUAACUCUAACAGCGUCCUACGUAACGAUAAUAAUGGAGAUAUACUAACGCGCGUGGCAAUACCUCGAUCCGGUAGCUUCCUAAACACGGGAGGACUUACGCGGUAUAAAUCAAGAGCUGCGCGUAGACAUUCUGGUAAACUAGGCGGAGGUGGUGGUUCACCACUUGGUUUCAGCGAACUGUUUAAUGAAUUCCGCUUGCAUGAAAACCUUCAUUCAUUGGACGAAAUUCUUUAUGCCAUAAUUGACGCCGAUGGUAUGUCAUUCAACGAUCUUAAGCCAAUCUACAAAGAAUUCCUUAUGAAAUUGGCGGUAACUCUCACAAAGGAUGAACUCUUCCAGCGAUCAAAGAAUAUUAUGCGGCGACAAAGGAAAAAAAAGUUGAAGCAUCGAAGUAACGCUCCAGUAACACAGAAAAAAUCCAAAACGUUUAUGUUUGGAACGAGGAGUUUAAAAAAAGUUCUCCACUUAGGCCAAUUUAGAUCUUGUCGCGGCAAACCAAUGUCAAAAUUUCCCCCGAAUAAAAAAGAAGAAGUCCAAAAUCUCAGUAAGAGUAGAGCGCAUGCAGUUAAACCAUCCGUCACAGGGCAGUCAAAUGACCAUCAGCGGAUGCGAGUAGCAACCAGUGGUUCGGACGUAUCGGUGGUGCGCAAAGACAACACCCUUCGUGGGCUAAAUAGAAACAGCAGCAGCGGCUACGUGUCUUGUUCCGAGUGCAGCUAUGAUUCAGAAUCAUGCACGUGUACAUCAGCGGACCGAUGUUACUGCAGUCUACGAACGGAUCACGUCGACAGCAGAUUACGCCACAAAAGUGAACGAAACAUUAUUACGUCAAAUAAUACAACUAGCAUCAGCAGACGAAAUACAAAUAACUCUUCCGGAGGUAAUAUUAAUAGGGAUUCCUUAAUAUCUUGCAAGUCGGAUGAAAAAUGCUACUGUUCCAUGGUGGAAGAAGAGAGUGCUUUGCCCGUGUGUGAUUUUACAAACACACAUUCGGAUACUACGUGGUGUGAUACUGAUAGUUGUGUCAGCACUAGCAAAUGUUAUUGCCAACGCAGCCAGCGUGAUCGUCAGCAAAGAUCUAUUCGUGGUGACACGAGCACUCGUUUUUCGCACAAAAGUAGGACUAAAAGUCGAACCACCGCAGAGAAGCUAGCUUUGGAUUACGAGCUCUUUACGAUAAGCAGUAAUGGAAAGUCGGUCCAACCACAUGAAGCUUUAAGUGUAAAAAAAAGUGUAGAAGCAGCUGCUAUUUUUGCCGAUAUGAAACUUAGUCAAACAACUGACAUUAAAAGCAUGUGUCCACCACCUUCGAUUAAGUCUAAGACUAGUUUAUCGGUAAGAAGUGCGCACAGCGAGCAAGGAAAGAAGUUUGUUCAGUCCGUAAAGAAGCGUGAUUCCUCUAGUAUCGAUCGACGGCACAAACAUCAUAGUACCGGUGUUUUAUCGUCGAGUUCAUCCCAAAAAUCUCAUAGCGCUGAAGAUUUAUUGGGAAAAUUGAGAGCAAUGGAAAAAAACUCAAAAUCAGAAUCGUUGAAGAGUGCUCGCGACAAAGGUCAAACUUUGCUUACAGAGUUUGAAAAACAUGGCAGUUUGCAUUGUAAUUAUCAGUCGAUGCAAGCUGUGAAUGCCUCUUUGGAAGACACUUUAGGGUAUUUGCCAUAAAUCGAAGUUAUGAUGUAUUUAAAUAAACUUCUACGUAUAUUAAUAUUCAUUGUACAUAUAUACUUAUGUAAUGGAAAAAUUCAACUUCUUUGAAUUUCGCUCGACACCUCUAAGAAGGAACGAUUGCGCGAGGUUCAAACAAUUGGCUUCUUAAUUUUGUCACAUAAAAAUAUGUGUUUAAAUUGUUACUGUGAGCAAAAAUAGUAAGGCUUUUAAAUUUAAAUUUCGCGUGAAAACCAUUUGUCGAAAUAUUUUUUUCCUAGGCUCGUAUGACUAUGACAUCCGUGCACACUUUCACAACGUAAUAAUCACUAGUGUUAGUCUUUCUGAAGUACAUAAAGUUCACUAGGAGACUUUUAC